CCCAGGACUCAGCGGGAAUUUGACAAACCAUGCUGCUGUUUGUGUUCAUUCUAGGUGAACUUUUUACUCUGGGAGUAUUUUGCAUGCCAGUGAUGGACCAGGGGCCACAUGUCACCCAUGGCUGGGGCCAAGUAGUCCGGCUCCGGCAUCUGUAUGCAGCCAAACCAGGACUGCACCUACUGAUCAGUGAGGAUGGACAAAUCCACGGUUCCACAGAUCAAACUCUUUACAGCCUGCUGGAGAUCCAACCUGUUGGCCCUGGACGUGUUGUGAUCAGAGGAGUGGCAACCACACGCUUCCUCUGCAUGGAGAGUGACGGUAGAUUGUACUCAACUCAAACAUACAGCAGAGCUGACUGCACCUUCAGAGAACAGAUCCAGGCAGACGGCUACAACAUCUACACCUCUGAUGGACACGGGGCCCUCCUCAGUUUGGGAAACAACCAGCAAAGACACAGUGGCUCAGACCAUGGUGUUCCAGCUCUGGCCCGCUUUCUUCCCAGGUUAAACACCCUUCAGCAUGCUGUCCCCACAGAGCCGGAUGUUCCUGAUCUGCUCAGUCCAGACAAAAUACAAGAGACUGUGGACAUGGUGGGCUCCUUUGGCAAACUGUCUCAUAUAAUUCACAGUCCCAGCUUCCAUAAGCGAUGAAGCGGCCGAUCUGAAACAACUGUGAAGGGAUGUGCCCAGGGACACCCAAGCACUACCUCCUGCAAGUUGUAAACUCAUGGACAGACAGGAGUAGUGACUGGUCAGCACAUAGAAAUGUUGGUGGCGCGGCUGUCCAGCCAGCGAAGCAGAGAGGCAUGCUCAGUGGAGCCUGACACCUGGAGGGAGUUCAACCCUCCAUCCUGCAUUUACACCCACUCAACAAACAUAGGAGGUGUUCUCAGUUUUCCAUCCUUCCAAAAGCUUUUUCCACAUGAAGUAUGUUUGCUCUGAAACAGUGACUAAAGUGUACUGAUAAACCGCUGCUUUAGUGGACAGCUGCCAAAGGGAAAGACUUGCACAACAUUGAUCUGACAGUUGGUUUCAGUGCUAUGUGUGAUAAGUUGCCUGCUGACAUUAGUGAGCCAAUAAUAUAUCUGGUGGUUCUUUUGACAAACUGCUUCUAUUGACUGCACAGAAGGAAAAAUGCAUCUUUUGGGGUUCUGGUCCUUUCAAAACACCUACAGAGUUAGUAAGUUCUCCAGACAAAAGUAUUGUUUUGCAAUACUCGUAUUUAUUUAGUUAUUUAAAUUAUGUUAGUCUUAAGUUGUAGUUUUUACCUCUAUUUGUACUAGAUAUAUGCACAUGUCCAAUAAUGAAAGUGUUUAAAAAUGUUUCGAAGUAAAUUGUUAAAAUUAAACAUUGUAAG